UUAACCGGUUAACCCGCACUCUGCCGUUCCUUCAUCUUUCCGCUGUUUCUCCUCGCGGGGCACGAUUCUUGUCGAGGAGAUACACGUACAUGUACAUGUAUAUGGGUCACCGAGAGUUGAGAGCUAGCACCAGUUGUUACAUCUGUGUGCUGCUGCUGCUGCGUGGAUUGGGCUUCUUGUCUUCAGCUCCUUCUUCAUAGUGGGUUGGGUGAGAACCAUACCUAGACGAUCCUACCAUUGUAUGUUCUAGACAACGUACGCCUUUCCGGACCUUCACUCUGGUUUCAGGCAAUUCUAAAGUUUACUUGCACGAAUCCUUCCUCACCACGUCUGUUGUUCUCUUCUUCUGAUAAGUGAUAACACUGCUCUUGCCGGGUAGUGCUAGUCUCGUGAAAGUUACUGAUUGCCACCACGCCAGGAUGACAUCGGAAAAAUACAGAGACUGCAAGGCAUUCCAAAGCCACGAGCUGUUCCCGCUAUUGAAACUGUUAGCCGACAGUCACGAUCGCAUUCCCGGACAGGAUCACCCUGAAGUCAUGCACAAUGAAAUGGAAAGCCUCCUUCGUCUCGAGCUGGGCAAGUACGAUGUUCCCCGUACCGUCAUUAUGUCUCAACAAAAGAAUCAAAGCAAUCGCAAAAAGAGUAGUUGCGAUGAAGAUCACCAACCAAAAAUGAUGGUGAGCUUUCCCGUGAACGUUGCCGGAUCGAGAUUCGACACGGAUACGCACAGCAGAACUCGCUGGGUGAUCAUCACAACGACGACGAAAGCCCACGGACAGUGCCAGAUCUUAUCGGCAAUUGCCUGCAUUCUGGACGCAACAGCUGAGCCCCCACUAUUACAUGAUAGGACUGGCAUGCAUGCUCCGCAGGUCGUGGAAGAAAUGGACCACAUAACCCAAGCUAUAUUGGAUGAGAUGUCAAAAUUACUGGACAACUGCACAACAUUGCUCAAUCUUCACAAGCAAUGUCACAGACGCAAGCAACAGGAGAUCUGUCGCAUCCAGAAAGACUUCCUGGAGCAGUCCAGUGCUAUCAUCAAUAGUGUGAAGCCGUUGCAGCAGGCACCGGUGUACCAGGCCUGGGGAGACGGUGCUACGCCAGGAACAGUGGAGCCUCGGGGAGACGGUGCUACGCCAGGAACGGUGGAGCCUCGGGGAGACGGUGCUACACCAGGAACAGUGGAGACCGGAGGAUCAGUACUGGUCGGGAAGAGAUCAGCUGAUUCAUUGGAGAACCGGCCCAGUCAAUUCCAGCUCCAUCCUAGAGCUGAUAACGCGAGCAGUACUAAUUUUCCGCCCGCUAAGAGAAGGAUCUGUGCAAGCCAUAUUCUGGAUGGCAGGCAACGGGCUGAAGUUACCAAUGAUGAAAGUGCUGAUGACAUCAGUGUAUCCAGAUAUGAAGAGAGAAGUCCCCCAGAUGGAGAGCAGGAACUUAUCUCCCCCGGUCUCGACAAUGAGCAGGGUCGCAUGAAAUCGACGUUUCGACAUCCACCAACAGUCACCGGCUACUUGAAGGAGUGGUAUAGCAAACACGAAGAGAACCCAUACCCUACUGCUCAGGAAAAGGAGAUGCUUAUUGCCAAAUCGGAGAAGACGUUUGGCUUUACAAUGACCAAACAGCAGCUUGAUAACUGGUUCAUUAAUCAGCGUCGGCGAGUUUCGGACGGUCUCAAUCGCUCAAGGCUAGGAUCAGUUGGCCAGUCAGCGGCUGAAUCCGGCACAGCGUGCACAGCAGUAUCAUCAACCUCAACCAUGCAGAUCGGCAAUCCACAGAGCCAGCUGAGCAGCCACACACCAACUCCCAUCCGAUCGCCGACUAUGUCCAGCAACACUGCACUAAGUCCUGUUCAGCUGCAGAUGGUGAUGUCACAGCAGCACUGGGAUAGUGGGCACGGAACAAGCACACUUGGACCAGCAUCCAUCUUGAAGUCACCAACAACCCUCACUGGUGCUCCCAUUAUCUUCACCACCACGAAACCUGGGGUUGCAAAGAGUAGCAUAGCCAUUGCUGGUCCACAGCAAGUCCUACUAUUGACCCCUGCUCCUCAACCUGCUAGCACACAGCCCGCAGUCCUAUCAGCACUGUCACCACCGUCCGUUCUUCCACCAGUGUCAGGUAUCACGGUGCUAUUCUGCAUCUGGGUGCGAUUCUGCAUCUAG